AAGUUGCAUCCCGCGGCGACCUAGCCAGAUGCAUUCCCCCUCUUGCUCCAUUUCUCCGGCUGUGAGAACUGAGAACUGGGCUGUAAGCGCUUUCUACUCUGCAUCAGCCGCCACCUAUAAAUAUGCGGCCGCAAAUCCCACCACUCGCAUCGCAAAAAUCACCCAAGACACACAGUUCAAGCAGCAGCAAGCAACGCAGAUCAACACAACCACCUUGAAGCGAAGGAAAAUCGAGCUAAGCUAGCUAAGAUGUGCCCGAUCAAGAAGGAGACGACGAGCGCCGAGUCCGGCUCGCCGCCGUGCAGCUCGCCCUCGUCCUCCUCCGCCUCGGUGAUGGUGAUGGAGCGCCACCACCAGACGACAGUGUGGACGUCGCCGCCGAAGCGCCCCGCGGGGCGCACCAAGUUCCGGGAGACGAGGCACCCGGUGUUCCGCGGCGUCCGGAGGCGGGGCAACGCCGGGCGGUGGGUCUGCGAGGUGCGCGUCCCCGGGAGGCGCGGCUGCAGGCUGUGGCUCGGCACCUUCGACACCGCGGACGCCGCGGCGCGCGCGCACGACGCCGCCGUGCUCGCCAUCGCCGGCGCGGGCCGCGCCUGCCUCAACUUCGCCGACUCGGCCUGGCUCCUCGCGGUUCCGGACUCGUACGCCAGCCUCGCUGAGGUUCGCCACGCGGUCGCGGAGGCCGUCGAGGAAUUUCAGCGCCGCGGAGAGGCGGUUGAGGUCGAGGAGGAGGAGGAGGAGGACGCGCGCUCGGCCACAGCGUCCUCGACGUCGUCGUCCCCGGCCAGCGAUGACGACGGCGGCGAGGAGUCGUCUUCGGCCACCGAGGACUCGCCGCCGUUCGAAAUGGACAUGUUCAGUGACAUGAGCUGGGACCUGUACUAUGCGAGCUUGGCGCAGGCGAUGCUCGUGGAGCCACCGCCCACAGUCACCACCGCCUUCUGCGACGACGGCGUCGCCGAAGUGCCACUCUGGAGCUACUAGCUAGGACUAGGACUAAGGCCGCUGUGCUUCAAUUUUUACCCUUUUCUUUCUCUUCGCGUCCAAAUCCAAUGCCAACAAUUUGGUAUUGAAAUGCAAAGGUUACUGUUUCUAGUAAUGAGACAGAGCAGAUUGGGAGAAAAAAAAAAACAGAGCAUGGCCGUUGACUUUGUAAUGGUGGCAAAUAGUAUUCGAAGUUCGAGCUUGUUAUUAUAGUUGUUGACCA